AUGAAUGCAUCAGUUCGAGAAGUCGCAAAGCCUGGAGCAACGACAAAUCCAAGCAAAAGACAUCGCGAACGAUUGAAUAGCGAAUUGGAAACAGUUGCUGCCCUUCUACCUUAUGAGCAAAGUGUAAUUUCCAGGCUAGACAAACUUAGCGUAUUACGUUUGGCUGUUAGUUAUUUACAAAUAAAAGCUCAUUUUCGAGGUUAG